CCCAUAUUCUCGCACCGCUCAGUACCCGUCUCCUCGUUUCUCUCCCUCGCCCUCUCGCCUUUUCCUCCAUUGUUUCCAGAUUCUUCGUCUUCAAGAGAGAAAAAGAUUCUGUUUUUUAAUAGUAUUUAUAGAAGAAUUGGUUUAAGCAGAAGCGUGAAUGUUGUAAUGGAGACCAAAGGUGGGAAGAAGAAGUCCAGUAGUAGUAGUAACAGUUCUCUCCAAUACGAAGCUCCCCUGGGUUACAGCAUUGAAGACGUUCGUCCUAACGGUGGCAUCGAAAAGUUCCGCUCCGCUGCUUACUCCAACUGCUUGAGGAAGCCAUCCUGAUAUUCUCCUAUCUAAACCAUGGCUUUUUCCGUAGAGUAGGUUUUUCUCAUUCUCUGUGUUCUCAACUUCCUUCUUCUUCAGUUGUUCUUCUCAGUUUCGAAUUUUGAUUAAAAAAAAAAAUCAUUUAAAAGAAUAAAUUGUUCCAAGAAAAGAAAUUCUCAGCCAUGGCGAUUGAUUCCUCUCCCCUCUCUCCUCCUUCACCAAUCGGAUUCGAAGGUUUUGAAAAACGUUUAGAGAUAACAUUCUCUCCUGCUUCCAUUUUCACCGACCCUUCUGGGCUUGGUCUCAGAGCUCUGACUCGUUCCCAACUCGACUCAAUUCUCGACCUCGCUCAAUGCACCAUUGUUUCUCAUCUCUCCAACUCUGAGUUCGACUCUUACGUUCUGUCCGAGUCGAGCCUCUUCGUUUACCCGCUAAAGAUUAUACUAAAAACUUGUGGCACGACCAAACUGCUUAACUCGAUCCCCCAGAUUCUCAAACUCACUGAGUCACUCUCACUUAGUGUUUUUUCCGUUAAGUACUCGCGUGGCAGCUUAAUUUUCCCUAAUUACCAACCUGCCCCUCAUCGUAGCUUCUCUGAAGAAGUCUCCACCUUGAACGAGUACUUCAGUUACUUAAACGACGUUAAGGCGUAUGUAAUAAUCGGAGAUCCCAACUCUAAUAAUCGUAACUGGCACAUUUACUCGGCUUCGAAGGAAAAGUCGUUGGAUGACGUGGUGACUAUCGAGAUGUGCAUGACUGGCUUGGACAAGAAGAAAGCGGCCGUGUUUUUCAAAAACUCGGCUGGUGCUGGAGGUGCCUGUGAAAUGACGAAACUGUCCGGGAUUAAUGAGAUUAUUCCGAGUCACGUGAUCUGCGACUUCGAGUUUGACCCCUGUGGGUACUCUAUGAACGGAAUUGACGGUGCAGCUUGUUCCACAGUGCACGUGACCCCAGAGGAUGGGUUCAGCUACGCGAGCUAUGAGGCCAUGGGGUUUGACCCAUGGUUCGUCAGAUUCGAGCCGCUGGUCAAGAAGGUCCUCUCUUGUUUCCAUCCACGUGAUUUCUCCGUAGCCGUCACGUGUAACAGUGGCACCCAGUGGUGGGCCAUGGAGUGUGCUGACGUGGAGGGGUACACACGUGAGACCGUGGUGAAGCAAGGCCUGCCAGGUGGCCGGUGCGUGGUGUACAAGAACUACUCGGCUGCUAAGUUGAACGAUGGGUGCGCAGUGCGCACUCCUGCUAAAGUGACCGAACGGUGCUGGAAGGAGGCGGCCGCUGCGGCGGAGGAAGUCUGUGGUGGCGUGGCAGUUUGUCCUUGUGUUACUCCAACUUGAAUGAAGGUGUCAGCUUCUCAGUCUGUUCUCACAGCCGGUCUUGUUGCUGUUACUGAGAAUUUUAUUUUUACAAUAAAAGAAUUAAAUAAAAUGAAACUGGGUUUGGUUCAUAUUAAUUUCAUGUAAUGUGGAGUCUGUCUUUGUUGUA